AUGUGGAAUGAAUAUCGAAGAGUGGAUAUAACUGAAAAGAGGGGCUUCUUGGUUGAAUUUGAAUUUGAAUUUGGUCUUGAUCUUGAUCUUAAUCCUGAUUUUGGUAAUGGUAAUGGUAAUGGUAAUGGUACUGGUACUGGUACUGGUACUGGUACUGGUACUGGUACUGGUACUGAAGCAGCAGUACAUGUAUCUCGUGAGUAUUGGAUUAUUGUGUAG